AUGUACGAUAUAUUGCUAUCUGACUGUACGUCUGAUCUGGACGAGAAUGAAGAUUCCCUGGGAAAUGAUGCUAUAAAGAGUAAGAUGUUGAAUAUGAGGAGUCUGGACCCCAGCACAAUCGGAGACGAUGAUAAUGAAGACUAUGAGGAUGAUGAUAACGACUAUAGGCUACCAAUCAGGAAAUCUAGUUAUUUGAAACUUUCUGCCAACUUUUCAGAGCUGAAUAAUAACGACUGGGACUCGAUUAGCUCUAUGACACCUAAUGUGAGCAGUGUGAAUUUGAGGAAUCCGAAAUCCGUGAGAUUUAAUGAAGGUGACUCCAAUAGCAAUAACGUAGAAAACCUAAUAUCUUCUGCCAACGAGUUUAACGAGUACUUAUUCAAGAACAUUGCGAGCUUCAAAACCCUAAGCAAUGAUUUUCUUUUCAAUCCAAAAGGUGACAUUUCAAGGAAUGCUAGUUCCAGCAAAUUGAGCCAACUCGGUUCGAAUUUUGCUCUAAGUGAAGAAGAGAGUGAGGAUGAUGAGGAUGAUGGAGUUGAUGUGUUCGUGAGAGGCAAUAUCAUAAGCAGAAUGUCUACACCAAAGCCUAUGAAAAGAGAUGAAGAUAAUAAUGAUUUUGAAACAUUUGAAAGAGAGCUUAUGGAGAGCAUUUCUUCACUUGUUAUUUCUGCAGACUAUUCUUCUACUGGAGACCUUACUGAUGAGGUCUCCGUGUCAAGCCAUUUGGAAAUUACCACAGAUGACGCAAUGUCAUUAUUCACCAAUUUAAUAGCGAGGUUGCUGCGAGAAUCUCAAGAACGGGAAGGGUCCUUGCAUGUUGAGCCCAAAAUGGAAGUUUAUAAGAUGCACAGCAUACCAUCCUUGACGUACAGAAGUUUUCUGAAUAGAGUGCAGUCAAAAUGUGAGUUCCGUUCCACGAUUUACGUUGCCUCGUGUUAUCUACUGCAACAAUUAUUCCUCGAUGAUUCGCAAAAUUUGAAAUCAAAAUUUGAUGAAAUCUCAGUUCACAGGAUAAUAAUUGCGGUGAUAAGACUAAGCUCGAAAUUGAUUGAGGAUAAAGUUCAUUCGCAUGAAUAUUUCAGUAAAGUCGCAGGCAUAAGUAGAAAACUCCUAACUUCAUUGGAACUCACAUUGCUGCUACUGCUACAAGACGACAGACUAAUAAUGACCGGCAGAAAGUUGGUUAACACAAUCAAAACUUUAAAACAUUCAUGUCUCCAAGAUUAG